UCAAAAUGAAAUAUUCUUUCUCCGAGAAAGUGAUCAAGAAACUAAAAGAAGAAAAUAAAGAGGUCAUCGAAAUUGAAGAUGAUAACGAUGACAUUAUGAUCUGUGAAAACUGGACAAAAUGUAGUGAAAGCAAUGACACAGAUAAAGACAGUGUACAUAGCUUAUCACCUCCUCGUGUAGUCCCCACCAAAGAUAUACAUCAAGAAGACGAUACUUAUAUUAGUUGGAAUGAUUGCCCAGCUGCUGCUAAGUUUCCUAGCUGUGUUAACCAAAAUUUCAAAUCUAACAAGCCGAAAAAGUCUCGAAAGCCUCAAAAGAAGAGAGAUAGAAAAAUGAUGUCUAAGAACAAGAACAAACGUAAAUUCAAUAACUAUAAAAAGCAGAAAAUUAACAGUAAAACAAGUUGGCCUGGGAAGGCUCCUGGACUGAGCAUUGAAAAGGUACCCACGAAAAGAGAUCUAACGGAUGGCCAGUUUGAUGCCUUCUUCAAAGACUCUCGCAAGGAAAUUUUCAAGAUUCAAAGGUACAUCAAUCACUCAACACAGUUGAUUAAUGAGUCUAAAGAGAAGCAGGAGUGGGAAAUGUGAAAUUACUAUGAGGGAGUCAAGAAAGUCUUCCUAGACAUACACAAUAAAGUCGAAGCAGAAGCCAUCAAACAAACUUUAGAGCAGAAAAACAAGAAUGGAAUUAAAAACUGAAUUGAUCUUCAUGGAUUGAAAAAGAAUGAAGCCUUGAAAGUACUUACUAUUGUAAUAAGUAACCUGUGUAACUCCAAGCAAAAGAAUUCUCAAAUUGAGUAUACUGUUAUCACUGGAAGAGGAAAUCACAGCAAGGACGGACCAGUUCUGAAACCAGCUGUUGAACAAUUCUUAAAAGAUUGCCGGAUACCAUAUCGGGAGAUCAGCAGCAAGGGAGGAUACACCUUCCAAAUAUAA